AGUAUAAAAGCAUGCAUCUAUUAUUUUGGAACAAUUCUUACGAACGAUCUCAUAUGAGACACAAGUAUACUUAAUUGUUAAUAUAACGAACGAUAUUUCGCAUUGAAUGAAGUAAAACAUCCAAGAUGAGGAUCAUAUAUUUACUACUAAUCGUAGCCGUCUGUGCAGUAAGUGCGAAAUACUUACCUUACGAAACGAAUCCACAUACAAGGUCUCUAUUAUCCACACAUGAUGAUGAAUCUUCAUCGUCUUCAGAGACUAAUGAAGAUAGUGAAAGCGAAGUGGAUUCCAGGGAAAGCAAGAUUCAGGAAGAAAACCUGAAGAGACUAGAAAAAAUUGAGAAGGAAAGAAGAAAGCAUGAAGAGGAACAACUUGAGCGAGAAAGGAAAUAUCAGGAGAAACUAGCUGAACAACAGCGCGAGAAACAUGAAAGGCAAGUUGAACACGAACGUAAGCAGCAAGAUAGGCAAGCUGAACAGCAGCGUAGGCAAGCCGAAUAUGAACGUAAACAACAAGAAAAGCAGGCUGAACGUGAACGCAAGGAACAGGAACGUUUAGAAAAAGAAAAACGCAAACAAGAGGAGCGAGCUCGCAAAGAAGAAGAUAAAGCCGAAAAGAAGCGGGCAGAAGAAGAGCGUAAACGUCAGGAAAAUAUUCAGAAACAAUUAGACAAAUUAGAAAAGGAAACUCUUAAAAAAGAACAGAACUUCCAGGAAGCCAUCGAAUCAGCUGAAGAAGACGUCGAUCUCGAUGAUAUCUGGAAGAUCUACGUUUACGAAAAGUAUGGCUUAACAGGAUUUAGCACUGGUCUUGAAAGGAAAGUUGCGCUCAGCCGAUUCUUCACGGAAGAGCUGGGCCUGAAUGCACACAGCACUAAGAGCGAAAGGCGCCAAGCUAUCACAAACUUUGUUCAGACCAAGAUCUACGAAGAUGUUGCCACGCUGACUGCCUGGAGGAACCAUUUGGAAUUUUACUUGAACACAUUAACUGUCCAAGCUGUACGAGCGGAGCUAGAAGAUAAAGUUGAAAAACUCGAAACUAAGACAGCUUUAUUGCAAACCGUACCUGCACCCUGGACAGCGGUAGCACAACAGGAAAUCGAUGAAAAGAAAACUUUACUUCAGUCUGUUGCUCAGCUGCUAUCAAAUCUUCUUCCAAACUGGGUGCCUUCUGCAAACGGCGUAGCUGCUGGUGGUGCGGCUUCUGGACCAGCUGGUGCGGCCAACUCUGCCAACGCUGCUUCUGGCGCGGCUGGUGCUGAUAACUCUGCCAACGCUGCUUCUGGCGCGCCUGGUGCUGGUAACUCUGCUAACGCUGCCGCUGGUGCAGCCUACCCUGCUGACGCUGCUUCUGGAGCGGCUGGUGCUGCCAACUCUGCCUCUGGUGUGGCUGGUGCUGCCAACCCUGCUGACGCUGCCUCUGGUGUGGCUGGUGCUGCCAACUCUGCCUCUGGUGCGGCUGGUGCUGCCAACUCUGCUGACGCUGCCUCUGGUGCGGCGGGUGCUGCCAACUCUGCCGACGCUGCCUUUGGAGUGGCUGGCGCUGACACUGUUGCCCCUGCUGGCGCUGACGCCGCUGCUUCUGCUGGCGCAGACUCCGCUGCACCCGCUGGUGCUGGCGCCAGUGCUCCCGCUGACGCCGCUCCCCCUGCUGAUGCCGCUGCCCCGGCUGGCGCUGACGCUGCUGCACCCGCUGGCGCUAACGCUGCUGCCCCCGCUGGCACUGACGCCGCAGUACCCGCUGGCGCUGAUGCUGCUCAGUCUACUAACGCCGCUGCUACCGCUGACGGUUCAGCUCCCAUUGACGCCGCUGCCCCCGCAAGCGUUGAUACCGUUGCGCCCGCUGCUUCCGCUGACGUUGCUGCUCCCACUGGUACUGACGCUGCUCCCUCUGAAGCCGCUGCCCCUCCUGGCACUGACGCCUCUGCCGCCACUAGCGCUGAUGCUGCUGCUCCCGCUGACGCUGCUGCUCCCGCUGCCGUUGCUGUUCCCGCUGACGCUGCUGCUCCCGCUGACGUUGCUGUUCCCGCUGACGCUGCUGCUCCCGCUGACGCUGCUGCUCCCGCUGACCCUGCUGCUCCCGCUGGCGCAGACGCCGCUGCACCCGCUAGCGCUGACGCCAGUGCCCCCGCCGAUGCCGCUGCCCCGGUUGGUGCUGACGCUGCCGCCCAGGCUGGCGCUGACGCUGCUGCACCCGCUGGUGCUGACGCUGAUGCACCCGCUGGCGCUGACGCUGCUAAGCCCGCUGGCGUUGACGCUGCUGCACCCGCUGGCGCUAAUGCUGUUGCCCCGGCUGGUGUUGACGCCUCUGCCCCCGCUGGCGCUGACGCUGCUGCCCCCGCUGGCACUGACGCCUCUACCGCCGCUGGCGCUGAUGCUGCCCAGUCUGCUAACGCCGCUACUGCCGCUGACGGUUCGGCUCCCAUUGAGGCCGCUGCCCCCGUAAGCAUUGAUACCGUUGCGCCCGCGGCUUCCUCUGACGUUGCUGCUCCCACUGGUACUAACGCUGCCCCCUCUGAUGCUGCUGCCCCCGCUGGCACUGACGCCUCUGCCGCCGCUAGCGCUGAUGCUGCUGCUCCCACUGACGCUGCUGCUCCCGCUGACGCUGCUGCUCCCGCUGACGCUGCUGCUCCCGCUGAUGCUGCUGCGCCCGCUGACGCUGCUGCGCCCGCUGACGCUGCUGCUCCCGCUGACGCUGCUGCGCCCGCUGACGCUGCUGCUCCCGGUGACGCUGCUGCUCCCGCUGACGCUGCUGCUCCCGCUGACGCUGCUGCGCCCGCUGACGCUGCUGCUCCCGGUGACGCUGCUGCUCCCGCUGACGCUGCUGCUCCCGCUGACGCUGCUGCUCCCGCUGACGCUGCUGCUCCCGCUGACGCUGCUGCGCCCGCUGACGCUGCUGCUCCCGGUGACGCUGCUGCUCCCGCUGACGCUGCUGCUCCCGCUGACGCUGCUGCUCCCGCUGACGCUGCUGCUCCCGCUGACGCUGCUGCUCCUGCUGACGCCGCUGCUUUGGCACCUGAGGCUGCCACCGAAGAUUCACCAUCAGAAGGGUCCGGUGCUAAACCUGCUCCUAGCGCAGGUGUUGAAAAUGCUGGCAAUGUAAAUACCGAAGGACCUGUUGAUGUAGUAACGGGAGCGCCUGUGGAGCAAAACAUGGUUGAGGUUGUCACUUCUGAAUCUCCGGUCACUUUGUUAGACAUUCUUUCUGGACCAGUGGCUGAUGAGGCUGCGCCAGAGACGGAUGCGCCUGUUGAGAUUGUACAAACGAUUGACGUUGUUCCCGCCCCAGUCGAAGUGGGCGCGACUGUUGUUGAAAUUACGCCACAGUGAAAUUGAGCGCGGAACAUUGGCUCCGAUUGUAACAAAUAUUGUUAUUUAAUGUAAUAAAUUAAAAUGGUAGUUUAGAUGCAAUUAUUUAUACAAUUUUUA